AUGGGUUUCUACGGCGUCGCCACACUGGUCACCGUUGCUGUUUUGGCGAGUUCUUCUACCUUGGCUGUAGUGGACCCGAACACACCGGACUUCUUGCCUUUGUAUCAGACGUCGGCUGCUGUCGAAGGCAACGCCCCCACUCCUAGGCUCCUGAGAGGUAUUAUCCAAGCGGACGAUGGCGAGGAGUGGGCGGCCUUGCUCGACCAGCUUAAAAAUUUGCUCAAGUGGGACGAUGCGAUUGUAAAGGGAUUGACGAGCAAGUCAGAAACCCCUUAUGGGGCUCUUGUUUCGCUAGGCCUUAGCAAAGUCGACAAUAACGCUCUUUCUGACGCCAAGUUUGGAAGUUGGUUCAAGUACGUUACCAAGACCAACAAGCACGACUGGGAAACCGCCACGAUUUCGGCUCUCCGACACGAGAACAGUGACGCAGUCGUGGCCAGCAUGAUCUUGGCGGGGAAGAACGGGAAGAACAAAUCAGUCGCCAAGAAGCUGGAGCAAGCUCAGUUUAAGAAUUGGCUGGACGCUGGUUACCGACCACCAGAUGUCAUUGAAAAAGUGUACAAGCUCGGUCCGGGUAAGUGGACUAAAGCUGACGCUAGACCAGUCUGGAAGGCAUACACGGAGUACUUUAAGAAGAUGCGCCCCGAACGUUUGACCUAG